CAAAAUGUAUUGCAUUAGAAUGUGGGGGAAUUCAACUGAGUUGCUGAUUGGAUUUUCAAACUCAUCGCAGAAAUCACACCUUUGAAAGCCAAAGCUUUCAUUGUAAAACCCAGGCUUUUUAAGAGAAUGAAAGUAUUCUUGAAAAUCAAAAGGAAAAAUUCUAAAAAGCAGUACAUCAGACUUGUGUCCCAAGCAGGAAAUUAGAAACACAGUGGAAGAUGAUGUAAGAGCUAAUUUUUCCUCCAUAUGUAGAAAACAUACAUGUACACACACACACACACACACACACACACACACACGGAUGGAAGAUCUGAGAUAUUAGAAAUAAGAAAAGAGAUCAAGAAAAAUAUGUUUAGUUGUCCUCUAGAAGGCUCCCAUCUUUGUCCUUCUGGAUUCAGAGUAUAGAAACCAUGAUUAUUUUAAGAAACUCUGAGAGAAGACCUGGUGCAUUAUUUCCCAAGGUGUAGCCCUGGGAGAUUGCAAGUCUUUUAAAGAAGGCUAUCCAGUAUGGUCUUCAAGAUAAGGAAGGAAGAAGAGAUUAAGCAGGAAGGUCCCUGGACAAAAAAAGACUUUCCAAACAGAAAAUGGGGGUCACAGAAGUGCUUAGAGAAAGCUGGUGGAACUGAAGAUGUCUGGUUUUCAAACAAGGAGAAUGUAGAGUGUAUGGACCAAGGUAACCAGAUGCCACUGCAGUAUAGCAAGUAUCAACAGCUGUGGUAGGCAUGUACUGAUAAGAAGGGAAAAGGAGAAUAUGUCCAGGUGAGGACAAAAAGUGUCUGUGAAGCCAGAUACCUGAUGCGCCAACUAUAUCUUAUCAGUCUGGAAGCCUUACCUUUGAAACUUCGAUUACUUUUGCUGAGCAAAAGGUGUGGUGAAUCCUAACUUUGUCUAAGCAUUUAUUCAAAAAGAGAGUUGUUUGAACAUUUAACUAUAGAAAAUAUGAAAUCCGUAUCUGUUAAGUUAAAGCUAUAUCCUCUGGAUGUGAAUCUGAAGAUUAAAAUUUAUACUUUUUAGGUAUAAGAAGAUUAUCUGAAAUAAAUAUACAGUGAAAAAUUUAAUGUUUUCUUUCUGGGUUUCCCAUUUAUUCUCCAACAUAGACUCGGUUCUUUAUAUCAGUAGAAAUAGGCAUACAAUAUGCAUACAAAGAGAAAUGUCCCAUAAAGUAAAUGGAAGGUGCAUGAAAGAGAAAUUCUGGAAGACAAAUCAAUAAUAUCUAGCUUGGAUGUUAGAGUCACAUGGUCAGAACUGAUUCCAGACUUCCAACUUAGAGCAACUCUGUGUUUUCUCAUCCAUAGUUGGUGAAUAAUAUCUACCUAGCAGCAUUGUAUGAGAUUAAAUAAUGAAAUAUAUGUAAAGCACUUAGACUAGGGUCUGACACAUAGCAAAUGCUCAAUCUUCUUAUUCUUAAUCUUACUGUUCUUGUCAUUUAUUAUUUUACGAAUUGCUAUUUGUAGAACUUAAUGUCUUAGAUUCUGAUCUAUGAUUCUUAUGGUCGGAAUAAUCCACAAUAGUAUAAAUCUUGGUCUAUGUUGAGAAUUUCUUCCUACAAACAUAAUUAUGUAGCUCUUAUACAGGCCAAACUUACAUUCAUUUCUAUUAGUUAUAUGCUAGAGGUAAUGAGUUUUUAUUAUUUAUUUAUUUAUGUAGACACAUUCUAUUACCACUCUUUACCAACUGCCAUUAUUUUGGCUUAGGAGAAAAUGAUCUUGAAAGAAGGUCUAGGUAGUUUUAACAGCUCUUUUGUGAACUUCAGAUGUAACUGAAUCAUUUUCUAGAUUUAUCUGUUAAAUAAAAGUAUGUACGGGUAGAUAAUUGAUGGAAGCAAAUAAUCCUAUUGAAACAUUUGCUAUUUAUUUUUGAUACAGUUCUUUUAAACAGACUGAUUAGUUCCCUUUAUGAUUUCACCCUUGAAAGCACACACGAUUUUGUUCUUUAUCAUUGUUGCAUGACAUUCCAUUUGGCAGUUGGGCUUAUUUUUAGCCAGACUAUCAAAGUAUUUUUCAACUGGACUGUCACUGCACUUGAACUUGGAAUCUUAUAACUUGAAGAACUGCCCUGGAGAAAAGAAGAAACUUAUAAUAAAUGGGAAAUUAUAAAUCUAGACCAACCCAAACUUGUACUGAUGAAUGGAAGAAAAAAGUCGGUGAAUCAUAUGUUAUCACAACAGAAAGAUUAGAAGAAGACCUGCAGAUCAAGGAAAAAGAACUGACAGAACUAAGGAAUAUAUUUGGCUCUGAUGAAGCCUUCAGUAAAGUCAAUUUAAAUUACCGCACUGAAAAUGGGUUGUCUCUACUUCAUUUAUGUUGCAUUUGUGGAGGCAACAAAUCACAUAUUCGAACUCUUAUGUUAAAAGGGCUCCGCCCAUCUCGACUGACAAGAAAUGGAUUUACAGCCUUGCAUUUAGCAGUUUACAAGGAUAAUGCAGAAUUGAUCACUUCUCUGCUUCACAGUGGAGCUGAUAUACAGCAGGUUGGAUACGGUGGCCUCACUGCCCUCCAUAUUGCUACAAUAGCUGGCCACCUAGAGGCUGCUGAUGUGCUGUUGCAACAUGGAGCUAAUGUCAAUAUUCAAGAUGCAGUUUUUUUCACCCCAUUGCACAUUGCAGCAUACUAUGGGCAUGAACAGGUGACUCGCCUUCUUUUGAAAUUUGGUGCUGAUGUAAAUGUAAGUGGUGAGGUUGGAGAUAGACCCCUCCACCUAGCAUCUGCAAAAGGAUUCUUGAAUAUUGCAAAACUCUUGAUGGAAGAAGGCAGCAAAGCAGAUGUGAAUGCCCAAGAUAAUGAAGACCAUGUCCCACUCCAUUUCUGUUCUCGAUUUGGACACCAUGAUAUGGUUAAGUAUCUGCUGCAAAGUGAUUUGGAAGUUCAACCUCAUGUUGUUAAUAUCUAUGGAGAUACCCCCUUGCACCUGGCAUGCUACAAUGGCAAAUUUGAAGUUGCCAAGGAAAUCAUCCAAAUAUCAGGAACAGAAAGUCUGACUAAGGAAAACAUCUUCAGUGAAACAGCUUUUCAUAGUGCUUGUACCUAUGGCAAGAGCAUUGACCUAGUCAAAUUUCUUCUUGAUCAGAAUGUCAUAAACAUCAACCACCAAGGAAGGGAUGGGCACACUGGAUUACACUCUGCUUGCUACCACGGUCACAUUCGCCUGGUUCAGUUCUUACUGGAUAAUGGAGCUGAUAUGAAUCUAGUGGCUUGUGAUCCCAGCAGGUCUAGUGGUGAAAAAGAUGAGCAGACAUGUUUGAUGUGGGCUUAUGAAAAAGGGCAUGAUGCCAUUGUCACACUCCUGAAGCAUUAUAAGAGACCACAAGAUGAAUUGCCCUGUAAUGAAUAUUCUCAGCCUGGAGGAGAUGGCUCCUAUGUGUCUGUUCCAUCACCCUUGGGGAAGAUUAAAAGUAUGACAAAAGAGAAGGCAGAUAUUCUCCUCCUAAGAGCUGGAUUGCCUUCACAUUUCCAUCUUCAGCUCUCAGAAAUUGAGUUCCAUGAGAUUAUUGGCUCAGGUUCUUUUGGGAAAGUAUAUAAAGGACGAUGCAGAAAUAAAAUAGUGGCUAUAAAACGUUAUCGAGCCAAUACCUACUGCGCCAAGUCAGAUGUGGAUAUGUUUUGCCGAGAGGUGUCCAUUCUCUGCCAGCUCAAUCAUCCCUGUGUAAUUCAGUUUGUGGGCGCUUGCUUGAAUGAUCCCAGCCAGUUUGCCAUUGUCACUCAAUACAUAUCAGGGGGUUCUCUGUUCUCCCUCCUGCAUGAGCAGAAGAGGAUUCUUGAUUUGCAGUCUAAAUUAAUUAUUGCAGUAGAUGUUGCCAAAGGCAUGGAGUACCUUCACAACCUGACACAGCCAAUUAUACAUCGUGACUUGAACAGUCACAAUAUUCUUCUCUAUGAGGACGGGCAUGCUGUGGUGGCAGAUUUUGGAGAAUCAAGAUUUCUACAGUCUCUGGAUGAAGACAACAUGACAAAACAACCUGGGAACCUCCGUUGGAUGGCUCCUGAGGUGUUCACGCAGUGCACUCGGUACACCAUCAAAGCAGACGUCUUCAGCUACGCUCUGUGUCUGUGGGAAAUUCUCACUGGCGAAAUUCCAUUUGCUCAUCUCAAGCCAGCGGCUGCGGCAGCAGACAUGGCUUACCACCACAUCAGACCUCCCAUUGGCUAUUCCAUUCCCAAGCCCAUAUCAUCUCUGCUGAUACGAGGGUGGAACGCAUAUCCUGAAGGAAGACCCGAGUUUUCUGAAGUUGUCAUGAAGUUAGAAGAGUGUCUCUGCAACAUUGAGCCGAUGUCUCCUGCAUCAAGUAACAGCAGUGGGUCUCUCUCACCUUCCUCUUCUUCUGAUUGCCUGGUGAGCCGGGGAGGACCUGGCCGGAGUCAUGUGGCAGCUUUAAGAAGUCGUUUUGAAUUGGAAUAUGCUCUAAAUGCAAGGUCCUAUGCUGCUUUGUCCCAAAGUGCUGGACAAUAUUCCUCUCAAGGUCUGUCUUUGGAGGAGAUGAAAAGAAGUCUUCAGUACACACCCAUUGACAAAUAUGGCUAUGUAUCCGAUCCCAUGAGCCCCAUGCAUUUUCAUUCCUGCCGAAAUAGUAGCAGCUUUGAAGACAGCAGCUGACGGCAUUCGGCGUAUACCUAAGGAGAGCUUUUUCCCCGAACUGACAGCAACGAUUCCAACCACGGCAAGCUGGCUUCCAACUAUAACGUUUUACUCUCAAAGGUCUCCUUAAAUUGGGCUUGUUUUUACUGGCCCUAUUUAAUUCCCCACUAUUAGCAGGCUUUGGAUUUGUGCCUAAAGAAUAAUAUGCAAAAGAACCAAGACAGAAUGUAUAUGAAUAAUUGUUUUUUAAUUUUUAAAUUAAAAAAACAUUUAGAUCGUUACUUGGAGAUGGAGCCUAAGUCUGUGGUGGACAGAUAAUAAUUACGUUUUCCUGGGCUGAAUUAUGUAGACUUGUGUUUGACAGCUAUGGGUUUAUUUCUUAGAACAUUGUUCAUUUUCUUUUCUCAUUAUGUUACUUCUAGUGUUCAGCUCUGUGAUUAAAGAUUCUUUGGUGAAAUAGAAAAUUGA